GCCUGGCGGCGGCGGGGAGGGCGCCCGCCCGCCCGCCGCGCCGCGCCGGCCGCCACCGAUGCGCUGCCCCGCCGCCGCGCCAUGACCCUGAGCUCGGAGAUGUCCGAGGCAUCGGCGCUGGCUGAGGAGACCGACAUCGAUGUGGUGGGCGAGGAGGACGACGAGGAGGACGACGAGGAGCCGCAGCCCCGCCGCCGCCGUUCCUACGCCGAGGAGGAGGAGGAGGAGGAGGAGGAGGAAGACGACGAGGAGGAUGUGGGCGACCUCCACGACGACGCCCUGCUGCCGCGGUCUCCCGUGCGCGGCGGAGGCGGAGGCGGCGGCGGCGGCGGCGGCGGCGGCGGCGGCGGCGGCGGUGGCGGCGGGGCGGGCGGCGGGGACGGUGCCGGCGGCUCUCGGCCCCCCUCGCGGGGCGGCCCGCAGAAGGCGGCGGCGGGCGGCGGGGCUGGCGGAGGCGGCAGCGGCGGCGGAGGCGGCGGUGGCGGGGCGGGCGGCGGCAAGAACAGCCUGGUGAAGCCGCCCUACUCCUACAUCGCCCUCAUCACCAUGGCCAUCCUGCAGAGCCCCAAGAAGCGGCUGACGCUGAGCGAGAUCUGCGAGUUCAUCAGCGGGCGCUUCCCCUACUACCGGGAGAAGUUCCCCGCCUGGCAGAACAGCAUCCGCCACAACCUCUCCCUCAACGACUGCUUCGUCAAGAUCCCCCGGGAGCCCGGCAACCCGGGCAAGGGCAACUACUGGACGCUGGACCCCGAGUCCGCCGACAUGUUCGACAACGGGAGCUUCCUGCGCCGCCGAAAGCGCUUCAAGCGGCAGCAGCUCCCGGCGCCCGAGCUGCUGCUGCGCGCCGUGGACCCCGCCGCCUUCCUCCCGCAGCCCCCGCCCCAGCCCCCGCAGCAGCCGCCCUGCGCCUACGGACCCUACGGCUGCGGCUACGGCCUCCAGCUCCAGCCCUACCACCCCCACUCCGCCCUCUUCGCCUUCCACCACCCCUCCCCGCCGCCCCGCCAGCCCCCCGCCGCCCCCGGCAGCGCCCCCGGCGCGCCGCUGCCCCCCGCCGCCGCCGCCGCCGCCGCCGCCGCCACCACCGCGCCGCCGGGCCCCUUGCUGCCGGCGGCGGAGCUGGCACGGACGCCCUUCGGCUACGCGCACCCGCUGGGCCCGGCGCUGGCGGCCUCGCUGCACGCCGCCAAGCCCGGCAGCGGCGCGGCGCUGGCCCGCUCGCCCUUCUCCAUCGAAAGCAUCAUCGGGGGGGGGCCCGGCCCCGGCCCCGGCCCCGGGCCCGGGCCCGGGCCCGGCGCGGGCAGCAGCUGCGCCUCGCAGUCGGCCGCGGCGCCGGGGCUGGCCCGCUCGCUGGGGAGCGCCGGGGGCGGCCUGCCUCCCGCCGCCGCCCUGCCCGCCGCCCCCGGCUUCGCGGCCCGGAUCUCUAACUGUUAAGGGUUUUGGGAGUCUUUCCGAAGGUAGGAUCUGGGGUAUCUCCUUUCUCCGCUGCUCGGAUGCCUGGCGGACGGCUGUGGGCUUUGCGUGGGGAUCGCGCGGUGUUGCUCGGGGGGAUUCCGCCGCCACCGGCGGGACACCCGGGACCCGUAUUUCUGCAAAGCCAGGUCUAGAUGCUGCACGGGCAGGCGGUCAUGCUAUUGGAAAGUUACUCGUUACUCCUUAAACAGAAAAAAAAAUAAUGGUGAUAAAUAAAGUCUCUAAACCGUUAAAGUUCAGAGAUUCUCAGGUCUAGGAGCUUGAAAACAGUAAUGUACAGGAAAAAAAAAAAAAAGGCUUGAGGGAGGACAGCAAAGCAAUACUUUUUCAUUUUAGUACACUUGUCUCAUGUACUUUUAUAAAAGAAGAGAAAAGAUUAACAUGUUUACACAGAAGAAAGUCAAGAUUAUCAUUUCUUAUUUUAACCUGUGUUUUGUAUUAUAAUAGACUUACGGAGUUUUUUAUUUUGUACUUUAUGCGUAUUCUUUACGAGGAAUAUUGUUAAAAAUUACUGGCAAGUAUUAUUGUACCAUUUUAAUGUAAAAUUUUUACACAUUUUCAAAAAUAAAAUCUUUAAUUUUCAAAAAAAAAAAAAGAAAAAAAAAGAAAAAAACAAACCCAAAGACCAAAGGAGCCCAGCCAAACAAUUGGCUUCGGACCCUUCCCUCCUUAAUACUUCUCCCUUCUUUGGGACACUGAUAUUUUUUUCUUCGGGAUUAAUAGCACAAUAGCCAAAGAAUUUUACAGCUUGAAAUUUGUUAUGUCUGGAUUUGACCGCGAGGAAGAUCAGAAUAUGAUCUUUUCAGUCAAACCAUUACUAACCCUAGCAGAGAAUGAAAGACACACACACACACACAAAAAAAAAAAAAAAAAAGCAGAAAGACCAAGGACAAAAGAGGGAAUAAAUAGAAAUAGGUCUCUCUCGCGGGAGUAAAGCCCAGUUCUGUAAGGCACCAAUCAGGGGAUUGAUUAAAAAUCCAGUUUUAAACUAUUUUUAUGGUUUUGGGUGUUGUCUAAAUCACAACUGCAUCACAGUUUGGUUUCCAAGAGGCCCAAAGGAAAAUACUACUAGUAAGGGGCAUGUACUGAACUUCAGAGAGACUUGCUCUAGACACUUAUGUUUCUGUGAUGAUAUUAGGGACAUGUGUUUCUACUUUUCGAUACAUAUAGUAUAAAAUGAGCAUUGGAAUAUCCUCAUGUGACGAGCUGAUUAAGUGCACGAGCUAUUGAAGUAACAAUACGUAAGUGUAUGAAACAAACCGUGAAAGCAGCCUUCCUGAUUCUGAAUUACCGUCUUAACGCGCAUGAGGUCGAUAGAUACCUGUUUCAUAGACUAAUUUUUUUUUUUUAACCAAAAAGCCUGCCUCAAAUAUUCAGAGCUUAGGCAUGAAAAGAGAAUCACAGGUUUUAAGAGUAGGCAUGUGGUUGCUUGUUGUGGACUAGGAUUUUCAUGCGUUUUUCAAAUGAGGGAGGCGCUUUUCAAGUACGACUGUAUUUAUAACAAUUUACUAGAUUCAGGGAUAAAUUACGUGAGUUUUC